AUGAAAAGGAGGAAGUUUUGUCUAUUCAUAGUAUAUACGGACUUUGUAGCUACGGCUCAGGAUGACGAGGACAGCGAAGACGAUGUCAAGGCAAAGAAAAAGCCAGAACAUGAGCCGAAGAGGCGCCGUAUCUCCAACGAAGACCAAGAAGCAGUCCCUUCAAUCACGGAGUCAAGAGUCAAGACACCACCUCCGGCAGACACAAACGGUGCUGCUAAAAAGGAUUCUUCUCCCAGGCCAGAGGCAAGGGCUAGCGGAACUCCACCGAGGACUCCAUGUACUGCGCGCACCAGCCCAAGGAAGAUAAGUCCGAGAAAGACCAGUCCGAAGAAGUCGCCAUUGAUAGGAGCCUCUCCGCCAGGCACUGUCAUUCGUCUUAAUUCAGAAUCACCACCUCCUCCAGCUGCCCGUGUGCCUCCAGCGGUUGUGUUACAGGACGACUCCGAGUUGGAUAAUGACGGUGAUAACGAUGAAGAGUCAGACGAGGAAUGCGCAGCAUUGGUCAGACGGGCUCGAGAGAGGGCGCGCAAUCGCUCUUCGCAGGCGGAGAGCAAGUCCAGAUCCCCUACGGCCAAACCAGGAGAGCCAAAGAAGGAGAAGAUAGGAAGCCCCUCAAAGCCUUCCACGACUCUUAAAUUGUCCAAGAAGGAACCAAAAGACACCAUCGUGACCAUCCUGAUUACAUCUGAAAUGGAAAAUACAAGACCUCUGCUUGUCCGUCGAAUGUUGUCACAGAACUUGGGAGACGUGCGAAAGACAUGGUGCAACUACCAAAGCUUCGACGAGCAAAUGUCUGACUCCAUCAUCUUAACCUGGAAAAAAAGACGACUAUUUGACGUGACUACGUGUAAGAGUUUGGGGAUCAAUGAAUCUGACAAUAAUGACAACUCCUUGUUUGAUCAGGCGCCAUUUGGGAUGGAAGAGGGUAAUGCAGGCGUCCACAUGGCGGCCAUGACCUUGGAGUCCUUUGAGAAAAGUCGUCGAACAGCAAACAACACCAUACAAGAUCGCGGCGAGGUUACGAGUGAAGAAGAUCCGGAGACCAAGGCCCAGGAAGUGCCAGAGGGGGAACUUGUUCGAAUUAUACUGAAGAACCCUGACCUCGAGGAUUUCAGGAUAAGGGUUCGGCCUUCAACACGGAUUAUCAACAUCAUAAACAAGUUCCGUGAGAUGAUGGAAAUAUCCCCAAACACAUUAGUUUCACUCUUCUUCGAUGGAGAUCGGUUGAGGCCAGAGUCUCUGAUCGGUGACAACGAUAUUGAUGAUAUGGAUUGUAUUGAUGUUGUGUUGAAAUAG